UAGCCGGCUGUUGGCAAUUAAAAUUCAUCCCCAAUCACAAUCCGCUAGUUCUCUCUCCCAACCUUAUUUGCAGACCUCAACCAAACCGUGACAUACAAGAAAAUAAGUUAAAUGACUAAAAACAAAGAAGAGGCAUAGUCUCUAUUUCUCAUGCUUGUCUGUAGCCUGAAAAUGGGUUAAAAAAAAAACAUCAAAUCCUCCAAAUGAACAGCACCCCUAAACCUUAAAAUAUGCUCUCUGCCGUCUCCUUUCAAAAUUUGCAGCUAACCCUCUCAUUUUUUUAAGCACACAAGUCUAGUGGUUCCAUCCUUUAUGUUUUUGGUCAAAGAACAAGCAUAAAUCAUACUCGUAUCUCUCAGUUUUCUCUCUCACGCUCAAAACACAUUUUCAGGCACAAAAUGACUCUUGAAGAACCAGAACCAAACCUCAUCUCAGAUCAUGUAUUGGAUUGGUUAGAAGAUUCAGUAUCUUUCCUGCCUGCCUUCUUGGAUGAUUCUUACAACUCCCCUGAUAUAAAUAGCUAUCAAUGGUGGAAUCAAACUGAAGAAAUUUGCCAAGAUCCAAUUAACACUAAUACUAAUCUCAGCAGCACCACCUUCAAUGCAGAUUCCACCAGCCUUAUAGGAGCAAGUAAUCCCACCUCUUCCAAUCAUCAACAACCUUCCAAUUCUUCUAGGAAACGGGAAGCUCCCGAUGACCCAGUUCCUAAAACAUCCCAGAAUCAUCAUCAGAGAAAGAAACAGAAUGAAGAUCAAGAUGGUGACGUGGUGGCAGGGAAAAGAUCAAAUGGGAACAAGAAAGGAAAUAGUAAAAGCACAGGAAAUAAUGGGAAUAGCGGCAAGAACAAGGAAGGAAGAUGGGCAGAGCAAUUGCUUAACCCUUGUGCAGCUGCUAUCACUACUGGAAACUUGUCGCGUGUUCAACACCUUCUUUAUGUUCUCCAUGAGCUUGCUUCAUCCAGCGGAGAUGCUAACCACCGGCUGGCGUUUUAUGGUCUUCGAGCUCUGACUCACCACCUAUCAUCUUCAGAAACCUCUGCCUAUGUAGGGCCUAUAUCAUUUGCUUACACAGAGCCAAGGUUUUUUCAACGAUCUCUAAUCAAAUUCUAUGAGGUUAGUCCUUGGUUUGCCUUUCCUAAUAACAUUGCAAAUUCUUCAAUCCUUCAAAUUCUUGCUCAAGAACUAGAUCACAAGCGCACUCUUCAUAUUCUUGAUAUUGGGGUCUCCCACGGUGUGCAAUGGCCCACGCUUCUUGAGGCCUUAACUCGGCGACCUGGAGGACCUCCUCCUCAGGUACGCAUCACAGUCAUCACUGCCACCGUCGAAGAUGAUCAAAACACGGAGACCCCAUUUUCAGUAGGACCUCCAGGAGAUAAUUUUCCCCCAAGACUACUCAGUUUUGCCAAGUCCAUGAAUAUCAACUUGCAAAUCAAUAGACUUGAUAACCACCUAUUACAAAAUCUCAAUGGAAAAAUCAUUAACACCGACCCUGAAGAAAACUUAAUAGUUUGUGCUCAAUUUAGACUCCAUCGUCUAAAUCACAACACCCCAGAUGAGAGAACCGAGUUCUUGAGGGUUUUGAGAAAUCUGGACCCGAAAGGAGUGAUACUCAGUGAAAACAACACAGAUUGCAGCUGCAGCAGUUGUGGGCAUUUUGCAACAGGAUUUUCAAGAAGAGUGGAUUACUUAUGGAAGUUUUUGGACUCAACAAGCUCAGCUUUCAAAGGCAGAGAGACUGAAGAAAGAAGAGUAAUGGAAGGAGAGGCAGCCAAGGCAUUAACGAAUCGUGGAGAGAUGAAUGAAGGGAAAGAGAAAUGGUGUGAAAGGAUGAGAGGGGUAGGGUUUGUAGGUGAGGUUUUUGGAGAGGAUGUCAUUGAUGGAGGUCGAGCUUUGUUAAGGAAGUACGACAAUAACUGGGAGAUGAGAAUAGAAGAAAAAGAUGAGUGUGUUGGGUUAUGCUGGAAAGGGCAGCCGGUUUCUUUCUGUUCAUUGUGGAAGUCGGGCAUGAAUAUUAAAGGGAAAUUAUAGUUGAGAACAGUUGCAUUGCAGCUCCCCUCUCCUCUCCUGUUUUAAGCUUUUCAUAUGUAAAUUCAAGUGAGAAAAAAGUGAUGUGUAGGCUGGUUUUUGCAGUCCUCUGUUUUUGUUA